UCAGACGUCCCUUCUUUCCUUAGCUGUGCUAGAAAUCAAGCGGACUGUUUACACAUGAGGGAGUCCUCAAGGAGACCUCGAUGAAUGAGAGUCAAAUUCCCAUACCGGUUCCCAGCAGAGAGACGUUUUCGAAGGCAGCAGUACAGACUGGCAGGCACAGAGCAGGGAGACCCUUUUCACGUUCACUCUGUUCACGUUGCUAUAUAUAUAUUACCGUGCUUCAAUUGUCAUUUAAGAAUUGUUUUCAACGCAGGAAAAAAAUAAUCUCCUGAAUGCAACUAGCUUGUUUUCUUUGGCAGAAGACGGAAGGCAAUUCUUUUUUUCGUGAUAUGAAAUGUAUUAUGCUGGUACUUGAGUAACCCCAGCUCAUUUAAUAUAUUUUUUUUUUCGGAAGACAGUAAAGUGAAGAUGCAUUAGGGAUUCUUUCUACAUCUUUUCAACUUCAAGUUAAUGCGGGAAUGGAUAUCGAUUGUAAAAGCUCUGAACACGCUCAGAAGAGAGACCUGGACCACCGCAUGUAGAGACCCGCCCCUCGGAUCUGUAGUCAAAGCACAGAGCUCUGAGCAUAGCCAUGCCAGAAGAAUCUAAUAAACACAUAAUGAGAAUUCAAAAGGGUCCAGAAAGACUAGGAAUGGAAAAGACAAAUAACGACUGCGUGGUCACCAACGUCCCCCUGGUCAACGAAGUCCAGCUGACCGCUGCCACUGGUGGCGCCGAGCUCUCCUGCUAUCGGUGCACUGUACCGUUCGGGGUGGUCAUCCUCAUAGCCGGGAUCGUGGUCACUGCCGUGGCCUACAGCUUCAAUUCACACGGAUCUAUCAUCUCGGUCAUCGGGCUUGUCCUCCUGUCCACCGGACUUCUCCUGCUGGCCUCCAGCGCUUUGUGCUGGAAGAUCAGGCAGGCGAGAAAGAGCGACCAGAGGCGACACAGCCAGACAGCUUUAAUGGCAAGCCAGAGAAGCAGCUUUGCUUAAAAUCAGUGGUGCGUAGCAGGAAACGGAGAAAUCGAUUGGGGGGGGG